AAACUAGAAAUUGAAAGUAGAUCUAUGCCUCUCUGAAAGCCUGUGCUCGUACUUUAUGUCUUGGCGCGUGCUGAGGCGCGUUCUCGUUCAGUCUUUCCUGACGCAUUCAUCCGGGAGUCUGUUACGAGGUCGCUCUUCAACAUGGCGGCGUCAGCUAAGAAGAAGAAUAAGAAGGGGAAGACCCUUACUCUCACCGACUUCUUGGCAGACGACAAGGGGAAUGCCAUGCCGGCCCCUAGUUUCUCGUCGGCCAAAGCAACCAGUUGGGCCGACGAGACCGAUGAUCUGGAUGGAGAUGUCUCCACCUCCUGGCACACUGCAGAGGACGUGUUCCGGGGGCCUCCAAUUGACCGCUCCAUUCUGCCCACGGCCCCACGGGCAGCUCGUGAGCCCAACGUGGACCGCUCCCGCCUGCCCAAGAGCCCCCCCUACACCGCCUUCCUGGGUAAUCUGCCCUACGAUGUCUCGGAGGAAUCUAUCAAGGACUUCUUCAGAGGUCUUGCGAUCAGCGCUGUGCGUCUGCCAAGGGAGCCCAGUAACCCAGAGAGGUUGAAGGGCUUUGGCUAUGCAGAGUUUGACGACGUGGAAUCGCUCCUGAAUGCACUCACUUUUAAUGAGGAGAACCUUGGGAACCGGCGGGUUCGUGUGGACAUUGCAGACCAAUCCAAUGACAAAGAGAGGGACAACGGCUCUAUGAUGGGCCGUGACCGUGACCGAGGUCAUGGACUGGAAGAUGGACCCGCCAAUACGGCCACGGACUGGAGAGCUCGGUCCAGCGCAGACAUGGAUGAUACCCCACCACCUAGACGGGAUGAUGCUUUCGGAGAGAGAUCACGGGGCGGCGGCGGCUUUGGGGAGUCAGAUCGUUUCAGAGAUGGACCACGGCGGGAUGAUGCCUUUGGUGGCGGAAGGGAUCGGGAUCGCUUCCGUGAUCGCUAUGAUGACCGGGGACCUCGUGACUUCGACAGAGGAGGUUUCGACUCUCGUAGUGGUGGUGGCGGAGGAGGUGCUAGAGAUGGCCGCAGAGCAUUCGGCACUGGAUUCAGACGAGACUACGAUGACAAUGAAGGAGGAGGCAGGAGUGGCGGUGGUGGUGCCUUUGGCGACCGUUUCGGUGGUGAUCGCGGUGGUGAUCGUGGCGGUGAUCGUGAAGAUCGGUUUGAGAGGCGAGCGGAAAGCGGCGGCGGUGGUGGUGGUGCAUCCACACAGAGGCCCAAGCUUGUCCUGAAGCCCCGCAGCACCCCUACAGCGGAGGGGGAGGCGGGGAAGACUACCCCACCCGCCCCCUCCUCCGGUGGUGGCGGGGGCGGCGGCGGCAGAGCCUCCAUCUUUGGCAAUGCCAAACCCGUGGACACGGCAGCCAGAGAGCGCGAGGUGGAGGAGAGGCUCAAGAAGGAGCAGGAGAAACUGCAGAGACAGCUGGAGGAUGACCGGGGCGGCCGUGACCUACGCGACAGACCACGAGACAAGGAACCAACAUGGCGCAGUGAAAAGGAGCCAAAGGAGCGCUCUCAGACGGGCAGCGACUCUGCACAGCCUGGACGAGGUGAGCCGGUCGCAACAAUCCAGAGUCCUGGUUCCCGCCGCAGGGAGAGCGAGCGCUCGGUGGAGAACGAGGUCUUCAGCGGCCAGGAGGACCAGCAAACCUCCCCCGCCCCCGCCCCUGCACCCCGCCCCCGCCCCCCAACCUCCCCGACCAGUCAGGAUGGCCUCCCCCUCAAAGUGAUGCCAGCCCCGCCCCCCAAGGAGAACGCCUGGGCCAAGCGCAGCACAGGGGGAGGAACCAGCGAUGGGGACAGCGGCACCCCCGUCUCUCCCCCCAAGAGCUCUUCCAGUUCAGCCGAUGAGAGAGGCUCAGGCAAGGAUGAGAAUAAGGCAGACGGCAGUGGUGCAGGAUCUGGAGCGGGACGUGGCAAAGUGGAGGCCAAGACGGAGAUCAGAAAAGAGCCAAGACCAGAAUCUGAGCCAAAGAAAUUCGAGGAGACCCCUGCUCCUAAGUUCAGCUCGGCCAGUAAGUACGCUGCUCUGCAGAUAGAUGGAGAGCAGGCUGACGACGAUGAGGAUGGAGAGUGAACAGAGCAGAGGAACAUCGCAGUGGUAGAAGAAGUCGCAAAAAAAGAGAGAACGAAAAUACAAAUUCACUCUAAAUCAGAAAAUGUCUUUACUUGUGUGAUAAAGGGGCGGCACUAACGAGCCCAAACCCCUCCCCCUACCUUUACUUCAGGAUGCCCGCUUCUAGAACAUAAGAGAAAAUGUCACUGACUGGACUUACUUUGUUUUCUUUUUUUUUUUUUAAUGCUGAUGAAAUCUAAAAUGACUCGGAUACACACUCGAAAAAGGAAGUAAUUGUAAUAAAUAAAAUAAAAAUAUGGUGGAAAAAAA